CACUUUCAGUUUCUUUAGAUUACUUGCUCCGUAAACACGCCUUACGUAACGCAACCGCCCGGCUUGACAGCCCGCAUGACACACUUUUUAAAAUUCAUCGUUUUAUUUAAAUGCGAAAAGAAUUUUUGAACGAUAAAGUAUGACACAGAUAUCACAUUGAUAUAAAAUAUUUUAUUCAAUACAGACUAUACAGUAUUGUUUGUAAAACUUUCCCGCUAUUUUUUAUUUUGUUAUUUAAUAACUUUUUUUUUUGCCGGGUUUCUUUUUUUUUUUAAAUAAUGUGUAGAACGCUGUGUAAUUUCAUUGUGGUCAAGUGCUUUAUGUGUGUUUUGUGUAGUGAUCAAUUUUAAAUCACCAUCUGUCGAAAAGGUGGAGGGCGCCGCGAGAGCGAGGCGGGGGGUUGCGCGUGCGGCGCGCGUACCGUCCCCCCUGCGCCCGCACCGCCUCAUCCGCUCCGCGCCCUCGAUGACAUGCCGCCUGUUCUCAGGUCGAAUCCGCUAUACACGGAGGAAGAAGAGCAAGAGGUGGUGAUCAUCGUGGAUGAUGAUGUGGCGGAGGGAGAUACGCCAGACGCACCUCGUGUGCCUCGAAGAGCACCUUCCACCUCUUCAGGGUAUGGCAGUGGAGGCGGUAGUCACGGUCGGGUGUCACCCAACUUACCAAAGAACGAGCAGUUCGAGCCAGAGCCGGUAAGACGGCUCUCCGUUUUGGACAAGAACGAAGGAUCUCAAAGCACAUCGGACUCCGACGGCAGUCCGUCGUGCACCAUGUCGAGGAGUUUGAAAGAAGAUAUUAGAGCGUGUUUGGGAGGAUGCAGUAGAGACUAUACAGAGAAGCCUCCCGUUAGAUGGGAGAAGGACGUCGGCAAUGUAGUCGAAGCUGCAAUCCGCGGCGCAGGUGGUAUAAGCGCAGCGAGGGCUCGUCUUCACGCAGCAUUGCUUGCAUUGCACGAUCCACCAACAAACCGUGGACCAAGUUUGCCGUAUUGUGGACCUGGAGUCCGACCUGGAGAUGUCACUAUGAUGCCCAAGAAUCAGAUGUCUUUGCUGGCGACAAGCGCUUUAUUUACUCUGGACGGCGCUCGUGGUGAAGAAUUAACGAGAAGAUUAGCACGCGGAGAGCGCAGGAGAAGAAGAUGUCGAGCGAUUCUAGCAGUUUUAGCGCUUUUGUUGCUUCUUGCCGCCGUCGGAGCGGUCGAACUGCUUCUAUCUCGAGGACAACGUGUUUUCGGAGCAGUGCUUCGUUGACAUUCG